CGAACACAUGAUACUGUGAGAUGAGAGGAGAGGAGGAAAGUGAGACAGAGAUGAAAAGGGAGGAAAGGAGGGAGGACAGGAAACAUCAAGAGCGGAGAUGAUAGAAAAACAAAGAUGACUGACAAAGUAUAGGUACGUAGAUAAAUAGAUAGAUAGAUAGAUAGAUAGAUAGAUAGAUAGAUAGAUAGAUAGAUAGAUAGAUAGAUAGAUAGAUAGAUAGAUAGAUAGAUAGAUAGAUAGAUAGAUAGAUAGAUAGAUAGAUAGAUAGAUAGCAUCAUUUCAAGAUUUAGGUGUGUCCUGCUCUGUUAGAGUUUUCCUUCAUACAAGAGAGGGAGCAGCACUUUCCUUCUCUCUCCAUCACACACACACACACACACACGCACACACAGUCCUCGGACACACAUACACGUGCAUUUACAAACAGGAACACACAUUUUCGCUGUGUAGAGCGACGGACUCCCCUCCCCUGAGACUCCUUCUGUUAGGAGAGGAGAGGAAGCGACAUAUUUUGUAGCUACAGACGUUGACGCACACACACGCACACACACACAGAAAGGCACAUGUGUUUCAUAGUGGACUGGAAACUGAGGGAUGCAACAUGAAGUCUCAGCAGAAGUGCAUCGUGAUCUUUGCCUUGGUCUGCUGCUUCGCCGUGCUGGUGGCCUUGAUCUUCUCAGCCGUGGACGUUUGGGGCGAAGACGAAGACGGGAUCACAGAGGAGAACUGUAGCAGGAACUGCAGAGUCGUUCUUGUUGAGAACAUCCCAGAAGACGUCUCCUACCCUGACAAUGGAACAGCCCACGUCCCUCUCUCGGUGGGCCUGUACAGUUUAUUGGACCGGGCCAUCAGGGUCGUGGAGAUCGUCUCGCCGCUGUGGCUCCUCAAUUCCUCCGAUUAUGAAUCCAGCUUCCAGCCGGCGGCCAGACAGGCCCGGGCUCUGCUGUCCAGGCUUCAGGGGCUCAAAGCUAAAGGAGUCCAGCUGAAGAUCUCCAGCGGGAUGAUCGACUCGACCGAGCUCAAGACGCUCGCCAGACACAAUGCUGAGGUCCACUAUGUGAACAUGACAGCUCUGACCAAAGGUCACCUCCUCUCCUCCUUCUGGGUGGUCGACAGGAGACACUUCUACAUCGGGAGUGCAAGCAUGGACUGGAGAUCCCUAGCCACUAGGAAGGAGCUGGGAGUGCUGGUGUACAACUGCAGCUGUCUGGCUCUGGACCUCCACAGAGUGUUCAGCCUCUACUGGGGGCUCCAAUACAGAGACUUCAUCCCCUCCUUCUGGUCCAAGCGGCUCUUUGCUCUCUACAACAAGAACGCUCCUCUGGACUUCACUCUCAACAGCACCAAGGCUCAGGCCUUCAUCUCUAGCUCUCCAGAUGUUUUCAUCCCAAAAGAUCGUACCAACGACCUGGAAGCCAUAUCCUGGAUCAUCCAAGAAGCUCGCCAUUUCAUUUACAUCUCCAUCAUCGAUUACCUGCCCCUGGUCAGCAGCAACGCCCACAAGUACUGGUCUCGUAUCGAUGGCCUCAUCCGGGAGGCUCUGAUCCUGAGGAGGGUGCGGGUGCGUCUCUUGAUAAGUUGCUGGGAAAAGACUCAACCACUUACUUUCAACUUUAUCUGGUCCCUGAGGAGUCUGUGCAUGGAGCAGGCCAACUGCUCUCUGGAAGCUAAGUACUUCAACCCCAGGGUGCAGCGGGAUGGCAGCCUCCAGGGAGUAAACCAUAACAGGUUUAUGGUGACAGACCGAGCCAUUUAUUUAGGUAACCUCGACUGGGUGGGGAAUGAGUUCACCUACAAUGCCGGAGCCGGCCUGGUGAUCAGCCAGCCAGAGGGCGUCGAGGACAGGAACUCCACGGUGGUGGAGCAGCUGCGGGCGGCGUUCGACAGGGACUGGUUUUCACAUCACACCCGCUCCCUGCAAGCCAACAAGAUCCCUGUUUGCAUCAAGCACCAGAUCAACCAGCUGGUGCCGGUGAAAGACAGCCACAUGGACAACGGGCCGAUGCCGAUCAGAACAGCUCAACAUGAUACCGCAUCUGCACCGAUGAGAAACAGUCACAGAGACGACGGGCACACGCUGGUGAAAACGAGGCACCACGAUGACAGAAUGAAUCCCCAAGGCUUCGCAGAUGGACUCGUGCCAAUCAUAGACAGUUAUCUUGAGAUGGGACAAGUUAAAAUCAGUAACAUUGAUAAGAGUCAGCUACAAAACAAAGGUGGUUACCAAGACAAUCCAAUGGAUCCGCCCAGUCAGUCAGCGGAGAGCAGCGGCAGCAGAGAGAUGACCAACAGAUCCCUGUGACCGCCAAGAUGGAUUCCUCUUCACUGAAUGUCUAGAGGACGGCUCUUUCCCAGUGACAGUGGACUUACAUCUCUGGGUCUUUGUAGCAUUUUAUUAUUGUCAUUUUGUAGGACACUGAAAAAAGAGGAUUGAAGAAACAUCUGGUUUGCGGGACUUGAUGUACGUGGAAGAACUCAGGAAGGAAAGGAGACGCACUUUUGAAUCUUUAAGAAUGAAACCAAAACUUUGGUGGAGAAGAAACGUUGAUGGAGACACUGUAAUGACCGUGCUACUAAUUUUAACUUCUUGAUGAGCAAAGGAGACAUAUGAAAUAAUUGUGAUUGCCUACUUAUUGUAUGUGACUUAAGCUGUUCAUGGCCGUCACCAUUGAUCACCCUUUAAAAGGGGGAAAGGUAACUGCAUUUCUGUGCAGAGCUGGGAGGGAUUUGAGGGCAUGUAGCUAAACGAGCUGAAGGUAGCAUUCAAGAUAGAACUCCGCUGGAGAUUUAUCACACAGCUUUUCAUGCUGUGGAUCUCAGAUACAUAGACUGAGAGCAGAUACUUUGGCCUGGUGUAAAUCAUUGACAACCGCUAUUACCACCGCUAGUCAGUUUAUUGAUAAACUGAGUUCUCUGUUAAACAUGAUGAACUAUUUGGUAUUCACACGUAUAAAGAAGUUAUAUUUAUUUACAUGAUUUUUAAGUAUCUCCACAUAUGAGCCAAUAUCAGUUUUUUAACAUUGCCAUUAGUGUUGCAACUUGUUUUUUGUGCUAAGCUCUAAAGGGAUUGAUCAAGUCACGUCCACCAUGUGUAGAAUUUAGAGGCACACAGUAAGGAAGAUGCAGAUUACGACCAAAUGAGUUCUUCUUGCCUCACUAUCCCCUGGCGAGCUUGUUGAAAAACCAAUGGUUGCCUUCAAUGAUAGGAACAAAAGAGUCCCCCUCUGGAGACAAUGCAUGUAUACAGUCCAUUCUUAGCCACUGUAUAAACAUGACGCUGUACAAUGGACGAUAUAACAUAAAAGUUUAAUUCAAAGCUGAUUGAAACAAGAAUCUUUGUUGAAGGCAGUUACACACAUUAAAAAACUUAAGUCCACUCCCUAAAUUACAACGUGACACCACAACUAACCGGAUCAACAGACACACUGGAGCUUUAGUACCACAAACACUAAACUCUGUACAGACCCAGUGGAUCAUAUAUCUCUCCCCUGCAGGGUGGUGGAUAUUAAAAUCGUAUAUUUUCUUGAGGUCAUAAAUGAAUUAGACGAUGCACCUAAUCUGCUGUGUUAACAACACACAUCUUAUGGCCAUUGGAAGAUUACAGCCUUCAUUACAAUAUUUCUCCCAGGAGGAAGAAGAGCUAUUGAUCGGAAAAAGGUCCUUAGAGAAAAAUCAUUACCAUCAUUGUUCCAUAUACAAAUCCGAGGAUAAGUCGAGAAGCUGAAUGCAGAUCUAUCGUUUCCUUUCCAGUGAAAUGUUGUGACUCGUUGAACAAAUACUGAAGGAGCAGUUUGAAGAGGGGGCCAGAGGGUCUCUGCUCUCAGCCAAAUCAAUACGAUGAAUUUUUAAAAGAGCUUGACAGUUUAACCUCAAGGACACAGUGGCCUGUAAUUCAUCCCUGUGGCUGAAUAUAUAUUACCUUUAACAUGUGGAGCCAGAGCUGAAUAUACAGUAUCGUUAGUAGAGAGCAGGUCAUUUAAGCUUGUGACAACUUUCAUUUGCAUUUUUUUGGAAUGGCUGCAUGUCAGUUUAAGACCUUUACACACUCAAAUAUACUUUGGGGGUUUAUAAUGUUGAAGCAUUGUUUAAUUUCCAAAGCCAUUAAUCAAGGACACAUUAACAGAGAGGGCUGCAUAGUGGGUUUAAUCAACAUCAGGCAUGGGUGUUAUCACUAAUUAACUGGGUGAAUUAAAUAAUUUUAUUCUGCUGUCAAACUGAAGAUAUGCCAGUCAGAAUGUAAAGCAGGCUUUGCUGAAACAAUGGAUUUGUUAAUUAACAUAAAAUUAAUUUGUAACUACUCUGAUGAUUUAACUCUAAAAUGACAAAUAGAUAUCACAGGUGACAGCAUUUCUAUUAUUACUAUUGUUUUCUGAUAUUUUACAGAUCGAUUAAUUAAUUGAUUAAUCAAAACAUGUAUGUACACCUUAAUUAUAAUGGAUACAAUGAUCUCAUGCAGACCUUACAUUAUACAACACCUGAUUUUGUGUUUUUGUACCCUAUUUACAAACCAGUACAGCACACACCCGUCAAAUGUAAGCCUCUAUACAGACUCAGUCAAUAAAUAGUAUCUUGCCUAUACAUAUAUGUACAGACAAGCAGCUGAAUCACAGUCAGGGUAAAAAAAAACAGAAUCUGGACAUGAUGGAUAACUUCUGCCAUCUAGAGGACGUCAAGAGAAAUAACUUUUCUCGCGUAUUAUGACAUGUUUUUCAAAAUAAGCCUUGAUUAAGUUCACGUGUUGGUUUGCAACUACAGUUUGUGUCAUUUUAUAUAAAAGGCAGCAGCUUGGGAAUGUUAUACUAUAUUGAGAGUUUCUAUUUUGUUGAUAUCAGGAGAUAAGAAGAUAAUAUACAAAACACAAAAGUAUAAUCAUAUAACCUAGUAACAACUAUUAAAUGUCCAUUAAAACAAAUUUAAUUUCACUUUAUUUGCUGCUGUAGUAAUUUCCUGAGACACCACCAUGAAUCCAUCCAUAUACUGAUCCAUAAGUGAGCCACUAAUGCUGAUGUAAAGCAAAUACAACCACAAGUCAUUCGUAAAAGUCCCUUCAUGCAGAAUGAGUCAAACGUGAAGAUCCUCAUCUCAAUGACAACAUCCACAUACUUUCUUGUAGAGCACCACGUCUCCACGCUGUACUGCUUGUGAACUGACAGCCUGUCUGUAGCUUGAUUCUCUACUUAAUGCUGCUAUUAUAUAUUAUACUCAUGAUGGGGCAUGAAUGAUGCUAAUACGCCUGUACCCAGGUCUUGUUUACUUCCUUAAAAACUACGUUGAUUUUUAUAAACAGUGACUAUUUUAUAGUUUGCAUGGUCCAGGACUUAACCUUUAAUGACAUGUUCUAAAUGUAGAGUUACUGUCGCUCUGGAAACAGAGAACACAGAUGCCGACUUGAAAUCAGCUAUGGUUUACAAUCUGAUACAAGAAAACUAAGAUGGUUGUUUCUGUGUGAGCUGUUGUGCACUGACGUCUGUAUUCCCCUCCAGUGAGACAGCAGAUAUGUCAAAGUAGAUGGGAUGGAAACAUAUGCAUAUUUAAAAUGGACAAUGCUCACUGUAAAAGCUUUUUUAAUGUCGCCUACCUUUAUUCUGUUGAAUCUUCUUCGGCAUGACUGUUGCUUGCAUGCCCUGCCUUUAUGAACAGUGCACAGUAGCUAUGAGCCUUUAUAGAGAUGAUGAUAUUAUGGAAUCUUAUUUACCUUUAAAAAUACAGACGGAAUGUAUAUUUAUUGAACAUCCUUGUUAAUGCACACUACUGAAUUAUCUGAUCCCUACAUUUUUACUCUUAAUAAAAAAUAAGGAAUCUUG